AUGUACAACAAUAUUUUCACCGCAACGUGGAGUCUUUUACAACUUCUAUAUAUCGUGGCUCCCCCAAAUACUUUGGAUGUGUGUAUUGUGCUUGCAGGACUCGGCAUCAGGCUCCUACUUUGGUCAGCCUCGCAAACCGAUAUCGUGACCAAAGUAUUUCUGGAAGCUUUGAACAAUCUGCAUGAGGAUACACUGUCGGAAGCAAUAUUAUUGAACAAUUCUGUGUACCAAUCCUUGCCGGCUUUGGAACACGGAGGCGGAUACAUGCAGGGGAGGCUACUGGAGCUUCAACCUGGUUCGGGCAACGAACCGAUCGUUUGUACCCUCGGCAUCAUGGAACUUGGGCAUUCAGAUGGGAAGCCCUACGAAGCCCUCUCAUACGUCUGGGGAACGUCUCCGUGGACAUCGCGUGUUCAAGUCAACGGGAAGAACUUUGUCAUAUCGAUAACUUUACACCGGCUAUUGCUUCACCUGCGCCGAGAGUCGACCCCAAGAGCCCUUUGGAUUGAUGCUCUGUGCAUCAAUCAAUCAGACUUGGCAGAAAGAAGUUCCCAAGUUCUACUCAUGCCGAUCAUAUACUCGAAUGCCACCCAGGCAAUUGUGUGGCUCGGCCAUCAUGAGCCAUUGGGACUUGAGAAGACCUUUCAGUAUAUGAAUCUGCCCUCUCAAAAUGGAGCCAAGAAUGACAGAGUCAACAAUCGAAUUCAUUACGGCAGUAGCCGCGUUGCAGCCCAACUUCUCCGAAACGACUAUUGGACCCGAACAUGGGUAAUACAGGAGGUUGUCCUAGCGAAAAGUGCCGUGGUUCAGUGUGGCAAUUCAGCUCUUGCAUGGGAUCGCUUUUGUCGCCUUGCUCAUGCCAGCACUCAACAUUCCUUCUUCCCAGUGAAAUCUACUCACUUUGACAAGUUUGAGGACUUGAAUGAUAUUCGCACAUCACGAUUAUCACUUCAGAAUGACUCGAACACAGCACCAAGAAAGUCUAGGUGUUUGAGAGCGACAAUGACUCGACCUGAAAACUCGAUGGAUCUCCUGUCUUUGUGCUACAGAUUCCGUUUUCGAAAGAGUACUGAUCCCAGAGAUAAGGUGUUUGCUUUUCUAGGACUUUCAGAUGUUUCAAAAAGGCUUCUGAAUGUUGACUAUUGUCGCCGGCAGUCCUUCCUUUGCAUAGAACUUUCUAUGCGGCAUAUGUGCCAUUCGCGCAGUUUGUCUGUUGUUGCUCUUGCUGAAUCCAUGAGGGCAGAGUCCAAACUGGAUAACCCAGCCGUUGGAAAGCCAGAUUAUAUUCCCACCUGGUGUCCAUCAUUCUUCCGCUCUGACGGUUGGUUUGAUGACAACCUGCGCCUCUUGUGGACAGGUCUACCAAGUGAUGAGACAUCUUUCUCUGCAACAGGCUGUACCCCAACCUCCAUUGCUCCAGAAUAUGAAAGCUCGCAAGAAGAGACAGCUGAUAAUCAUUCCUCGUUUCAUUUGCUGAAAGUCCAUGUGUUGCCAGAGUUUUCCGCCAAAAUCACACACGAUGGUCGGUUUGACGACCCAAAUGACGAAGCACUCAGCAAGACAUUCCGCAUUGAUGAAACACUGCAUGCAACACUGAGAAGCAUAAGUGGCCAGAUCUUGCCAGCAGAACGGACACUGAGCAAGGAAGCUGUACGAUUGAGGAAGAGUACUGAUGCUCAUCGUACAAGUCAUCACCCCGCGGCAUUGUUGGACCAAGAUAUGUCAGCCGAUGAGCUCCUGCACCUCACCCUCACGGCUGGCAAAUUUUCGAAAUUUCCAACUGCUGUUGCCAACCCCUCUCGUGGGCAAUACCAUCAAGCGCGCCGCCAUGUGUACUCUGGGCGAAGACUAUUCGUGACCGGCAAUGGUCAUCUUGGCCUGGGCCCCGAGGGUCUGAGAAAUGGCGGCGAGCUGCAUCUCGUCCUGGGCAUGGACGUCCCCGUCAUAUUACGACCGGCUUUGAGCGAGUGGGAGCACUUGGGCACGCCCUACAAGUCUGCAUGGGUUUAUGUUGGUCAAGCUUAUGUGCACGAAAUGAUGAGGUACAAGGGCGAUUUAGUCGAGGAUAUCCGACGCAGCAAAGUCAAGUUGGAGGAGAGAGUUCUUGUAUAG